CAAAAGGGGGGUGACAGCGUUGCCAAAGUCAGUAUUUUCAAAAUAACAAUUAUAAUAAAUUUUCGGCGGCAACUCGUUCCAUUCACCACAUAUACAUAUAUGUAUUUUGCUUAAAGGAUUGAGGUUAAAAUUAAAAACUUUGCAAUGUUUCAAGCUGGCAAACUAAGAAGCGUCGCGGCCACGAAGGGUCCGUGUUCGACUCUCCUUCGUCAGAGGCGCUGCAUUAAUUUGAGGGACUUUUCGGAGAUAAUUGGUAACAGGAAUCCAAAGCAGCCAAGCCAGCCGCCAGUUACAGCGAAGAGCGGCACUGGCUCUGAAAUGCAGGCAUGGCCACGAAAAAUCUUCAGUGGAAUCCAACCCACUGGCUCCCUGCACUUGGGCAACUAUCUGGGCGCGGUGAGGCGUUGGGUGCGGCUUCAGGAGGCCCAUGACGAUGUGACCAUCUCUAUUGUGGACAUGCACUCUAUCACAAUGCCUCACAAUCCGCCAAAUCUGCGGGAGAACAUCUUUGUCAUGGCUGCCACACUCCUCGCCUGCGGGAUUGACCCUGAGAAGAGCACCCUGUUCGUCCAGUCCUCCAUUCCCGAGCUUACCGAGUUCAACUGGAUUCUAAGUUCAUUGAGUACAAUGCCGCGCCUGGCGCAGUUGCCUCAGUUUCGGGAGAAGACCCGUCUGGUGAAGGAAAUCCCACUGGGUUUGUUCGUGUAUCCGGUCCUUCAAGCUGCCGACAUCUUGCUCUACAAAGCUACCCACGUUCCUGUGGGCGCUGACCAGCUGCCACACAUUCAGCUGGCUCAGCACCUGGCCAGGACAUACAACAGUUGCUAUGGCGAGACCUUUCCUGUGUGCGAGGCAAUUGUUGAGAACGGAGAGGCCUCCCGAAUUCUAUCCCUUCAAGAUCCCGGCCAAAAGAUGUCCAAAUCUAUUGGCGAUCUGCUGGCCACAAUCAACCUGGCUGACUCUCCAGACCUAAUAACAAAGAAGAUUAACUCAGCGGUCACUGAUUUCACCUCGGACAUCUCUUACAAUCCCAACAAGCGUCCUGGAGUGAGCAACCUGGUCACCAUCCAUUCGCAGGUCACUGGACAGACCAUCAAGUCGGUGGUGGACGAGGCCACCACACUAGAUACGGCCAAGUACAAGGAGCGAGUUGCAGAGGCUGUCAUCGAGCACUUGAGUCCGAUCAGAGAGGAAAUUAAGCACCACCUGGCCAGGCGCAACGAGAUGAUCCACUUGCUGGAGGUGGGGGCUUCAAAGGCCCGCCAGCAGGCACAGCACACAUUGAGCGAUGUGAAGCAGCGCCUGGGGCUGGGCACCAGUGGCAACAUGCCAGCAGCAAUACAGCUGGCGCCGCUGGCGGCACCUGAGGUGUCCAAGACAUCUGCCAGCAUACUGAUGUCCAAUGUGGGCGAUGCCAAUGCCAACGAGCGACACAAGCGGAUGUAUGGUUUCACGGAGACGCCGAGUGGUGGUUCAAAGGAACCAGCCACCGAAGAGCCCUUGCCGGAGGUCCGUCAACACAGGGUCCGGCGAUUGGUUCGUCGUCCGCCCAUGGUGCCAACUCAGACACUGCGCGUGGAAAAGCAGAUGGGCAGCACCCGACCACGACAUGUUUUUAAAAUGGAUUGCGGGAAUGCACCUCAUAUUGGUUUCAAAAUUGCCCCGAAAUUGGUGACCAACUUGGGUACCGAGGGGCUGACCCAGAAAAAUCUAUCCGCCUCAGACAUCCUGGGUUCGUUUAAGCCUGUUCAAAAUGCGAUUCCCAGUGCGGUGUCUAUAUUAGCACGCGAAGUAAAUGCUCCCAGGAAGCAGGAGUUUGCUUGCAACCUGGAAAACAGUGGCUUCUAUGCACCGCCCCUCAACGAGGAGGCCAAGGACAGCGAAGUUAUCAUACUCGACCACGGGGAGGAACUGGCCGUUUCUCAGGAUAGUCAAGAGGAGUCCGAGGCGGAGGAAAAGUGGGAGAGUGAUGAGUGGAGUGUCGACGAGAAGACCAAAGUCUAGAUUUUUUGCUGGGAAAUGUUGCAAUAGUUUUAAGUGUAGUCCCAAGUCGAUUUCUUGAUUUUAAUGUCUAGAUCCUAGGAUGCGUCAAUUGUACCUUGAUGUCAACUUCUUAAAUUAUUAUUUUACGCACAAGAUCGACAAUAUCUAAAUUAAAUGGAUUUUUUUAAAAACAGAA